AUGCUUCUCCGUCUGCCGCCCAGCCUCCACUACCCGAUCACCGUGACGUCGCUGCUCAAGAAGCCCGGCGAUGCGGUGGAACGGGACGAGGCUUUGUUCUGGUAUGUUUACGAGACCACCGUCUCGGAGGGUGAUGGGCUGGGGAAUAGAGUCGAGGUGGAGCGCAGGUUCCCGACUCGGUUUGAGUCCACUGUCGAUGGGGAGAUUGUGCAGUGGAAGAUUGCCAAGGGGGAUGUUAUCGAUGACCCGGUUGACAUCGUCGAAAUCGAUGAGCCAUGUGCGCACGAGAUUCAAUAUGGUGGAAUGUGUGCGGAGUGUGGGAAGGAUAUGACCGAAUACAAUUACAACACAGAGAUCCUCGGAACCGAGCGUGCCACAAUUAAGAUGGUUCACGACAACACCGCACUGACAGUCAGUCAAAACGAGGCGGCACGUGUUGAAGAGGAUGCGAAACGUCGCCUGCUGGAAUCCCGCCGCCUCUCGCUGGUGGUGGAUCUUGAUCAGACUAUUAUCCACGCGACGGUGGAUCCGACAGUCAAAGAAUGGAAAGAGGACAAGGACAACCCGAACCAUCAAGCGCUUCGUGAUGUGCAUGAGUUCCAGUUGAUUGACGAUGGUCCGGGCAUGCGCGGAUGCUGGUAUUACAUCAAGCUGCGCCCCGGCCUGGAGGAGUUUUUGGACAAAGUCGCCCAGCUAUUCGAGCUGCACAUCUACACCAUGGGCACCCGGGCUUAUGCUCAGCAAAUCGCCAACAUCAUCGACCCCACCCGCAAGCUCUUUGGGGAUCGGAUCCUCAGCCGUGACGAGAGCGGAAGCUUGACCGCCAAGAACCUCCAGCGACUUUUCCCCGUUGACACGAAGAUGGUUGUCAUUAUCGACGACCGCGGCGAUGUAUGGCGGUGGAACCCUAACCUUAUCAAGGUCUCACCCUAUGAUUUCUUCGUGGGUAUCGGUGAUAUCAACUCCAGCUUCCUACCGAAAAAGCAAGAUAUUGGCGAGACGAACAAAGUCCCCGUGAGAGUUAUUAAGGAGAAACCGUCUACCGAGCAUCAUGUCAACGGUGCAACUGCGAAGUCAGAAGCCGGAGCCGAAGUUUCGGCGUUGGAGCAGUUGGUGAGCAUGGGCGGAGGGGACAAUCCAAUGCUGCUGAAGGAGCAGACCCAUGCACAGGAAGAGACAAUAUUGCACCAGGUGGAGGACCGACCAUUACUUCAAAAGCAGAAAGAGCUGGAGGCGGAGGACGAUGCAUCCGCUGAGAGCAGCGAGGACAGUGUCGAUGAGUCGCAGGAACCUAUCAAGCCCCGCCACCACCUACUGGAAGACCACGACCGUGAGCUUUAUCAGCUGCAGGACCGACUGGAGCAAGUUCAUAUCAGCUUCUUCGAGGAGUACGACAAGAAGCGCAGUCGUGCACUUGGGGGCCGAGUGGCGGAAUUGAAGGGCGAGAAGGCCGCGUCCAAGGGCAAAGGCGUGGAUCUAAAGCUCGUCCCUGACGUCAAGGAGAUCAUGCCGCAGAUUAAGCGACGAGUUCUCGGGGGGAACGCCGACAUCUCGCUCUGGGCGAAGAGCUUUGGCGCCGUCAUCGCACCCAAAAUCAGCCCGCGCACCACCCAUCUCGUGGCUGGCCGGAACCGCACCGCCAAGGUCCGCGAAGCCACGCGAUAUCCGAAUGUCAAGAUCGUUACCACGCAGUGGCUGGUCGACUGCCUGACGCAAUGGAGCCACCUCGAAGAGGAUCCUUACCUGCUCCCCGUCCACCCGGAUGACCGUGGCGAACCCUUCUCCCCCGGCUCACGCGAACUCGCCGAGAGCUCGUGGCUAUCUUCCGAAGACGAAGCAUCAGGGUCUCUCUGGACAGAAGAGGAAGAAGGCAGCGACGACCUGUUUCGCUCCUCGGGUCUCGAGACAUCGCCUAUCGGCUACGACGCCGACGAGCAAGCCGCUGUGCACGACGAGCUAAAGGAGUUCCUUGGCAGCGACGACGAGAGUGAGAGCGACAGCGAGACAUCCUUCCUGGCCGAUGAAAACGCAGGGAGCGGCAAGAAACGCAAACGCGACGAGGGCGCCCCCGUUGGUGAAAAUGACGAGGAGUCCGUGGAAGAUGAUGGCGACGAGUCCGAUAUCGCUGGCUCGCGGCUGUCGCAGCGAAUCAAACGUUCCUAUGAGCGCAGCACGGGUCUUCGAGAAGUGGCUACAGCGACCAGCUCGGGUUCUGACGAGACAGCAUCGGAGCGUGCGCUCCCUUCUGGUCCGGAAGGGGAGGAGCCCGAUGCUUCAAGUCUGGCGGUAAGCUAUCCCGAAGAUGAGGAUGACGAAAUGGAGCGCGAGAUGCUUGCUGCGUUUGAGGACGGGGAUUACGAUCCCAAGGCAGAGGAGGAUAUUGCUGCGGAGAAUGGUUAG